UGACGUCAUCCGUUGUGCUGCUGGCAGAAUACUAGUCAGCUGCACGAGCAAGACAGCAGCGCUGCCCGACCCGUGAACUGCGUAAAGAGCCGGUCUUUGGCUGUAGGCUAACUACACAAAUGGAGAACUAAGAAUAAUCGGGUACCGGGAGAUUUUCGAUGUUAGAAUAUAUUUUGUGAAAUCUAGAAUGUGCUUCGAACGCAUUGGAAACUGAAAAUUGUGUAGCCUACGAACACGGACAGUCUCUUCAUGAGCUCCAGCUUCACUCCAUUUAUUUGGAUUCUCUUUCGCAGUUCCACGUAUUGAGAUGGUCUAUUUUUGUGAUGGCGAGAGGUCUGUUUCCACGGGCCUGGAUAAAGAAAUCAUUCUUUUUCCAGGCUCGCAUCUCCUUUGUGCGGGUGAAAUACCUGUUCCUCACCUGGCUGACUGUGUUUGUCGGGGGCUGGGUGAUCUACGUCCAGUACUCCAACUACACCGAGCUGUGCAGAGGACAUGAGUGCAAGAACGCCAUAUGUGACAAAUACAGGAGAGGCAUCAUUGACGGCUCGGCCUGCAGCAGCCUUUGUGACAAAGACACCCUCUACCUGGGCAGGUGCCUCUCUACCAGCCCCAACAACCAGGUGUACACAGGUGGCUGGGGUGACAUGGACGGGGUGAUCCGCUGCCAGGUGGGGGAGGUGCUGCACUAUGAGCUGGGAGAGGAGCCGGAGCCCCGGAGAGAGGCUGCAGUCUUCGACAAACCCACCCGCGGAACGUCUGUGGAGAAGUUCCGCGAGAUGGUCUUCAAUCACCUCAAGUCAAAACUGGGCGAGCAAGCUAAUCUGGCCAGCCUGGUGACCCAAAUACUCAGUGUCGCCGACGGCAACAAGGACGGCCACGUCUCGCUCCCAGAGGCCCGUUCGACCUGGGCUCUUCUCCAGUUGGACGAGGUGCUGCUGGGCCUGCUCCUCCAGGAACGGGGCCACACCCCUCGUCUGAUGGGCUUCUGUGGAGACCUGUACAUGACCGAGAGGGUACCCUAUGGCCCCCUUUACGGUGUCAGCCUCCCCUGGCCCCUGGAGGCCUGGGUCCCCAGUGGGGCCCAACGCAGCAUGGACCAGUGGUUCACCCCCUCGUGGCCCCGCAAAGCCAAGAUCUCCAUGGGUCUCCUGGAGCUGGUGGAGGACAUCUUCCACGGCAACUACGGCAGCUUCCUCAUGUGCGACCUGAGCGCCGGCCACUUCGGCUACACGGACCGCCACGACCUCCGCCUCACCGACCCGAGGGCCAUCGUCUCCGAGGACGCGUUCAGGCGAACCAUGCGCGCGCUGCACUGCGAGAAGGACGACGACUGCUUGUUGGGGGCGGACUGCCGGACAUCAUGCGACGUGGCUCAGAAACGAUGCAGGGAGGAGGUGACCCAGCCCAACCUGGCCAAGGCGUGCAGGGCGCUGAGGGACUACCUCCUGAGGGGAGCGCCGUCGGAGCUGAGAGAGGAGCUAGAGAGGCAGCUGUAUGCCUGCAUGGCCCUCAGGGGCUCAGCGGGCCAGAUGGACAUGGAACACUCACUCAUCCUGAACAACCUCAAAGCUCUGCUGUGGAGACAGAUCUCCCAUACUAAAGACUCAUGAUGCUCAAAGAAUUAAGACGUACUGACUAGUCUGCUACUGGCAGUGGCUUGGGAAGAGAAGCCUUUGGGGAAAUGAUUUCUAAAAACUCAACCAUUUUGGUGGAUCGUUCAUUCAAGACGUACUAUAUUGUUUUAUCUACCACCCGUUUUAUGCUGCAUAGCAGUUGUUUUGGCGGUGUAACUGCAUUAGAGCUGUCAAAUCCACCAGCGGCUCCUGGCAUUACACCUAUUUGAAAGUAAAUGACUGGUAUUCGAAAUAUGGUGGAACGCCCUUUAGUCCAUACCUUUAGAAAAGCUAUUUUAUCACUACUUUGUUUUGCAGUAAAACUCGAGGAUAAGUGUUUCCAGUGACACCAUCGGUGUGCAUCGUGUGAUUUUAACCAAUUAUGAGUAGACAUUGCGUUAUUGGUUGACGUCAUUGGAAAUCUCCCCCCCCUUUUUUUAUUACGUAACAAAUGUGCCAUUUUCACAUUUUGAUGUUGUUGCGGAGAUAUUUUUCCUUUUUACAAUUCCCUCUAAGAUAAAUUAAAACGUACAACUUCGAACACUACUGUGAGAUGCAGUCUAGACCUCAAUUAGGCUGACGAAUGAUUUUCAAUUUGAGCAUCAUUAUUUCUAUAUAGCCUACACUUUCUUGUUCUGAACUUCUAGCGCAAGUGGCUUCAUGACAACCAAAAGCAGCCGCUCACCGAUUUGACAGCUCCACCUCAGACACCGCCAAAACAUUGGCUAAAGCUUGAACCAAUUUAAUCUAGGCAUGAGUCGUUGGAAGAAUGGACUACUACAAUUCAUAUUCAGGAUGCUGGGAAACUGUAGAGAUAUUUGCUGUUUAUGAAGGAGCUCAUGGAACAUUUUGAAGUGAUAGUAUGAACUACACAUUAAGUACACUUGCACAUUACAUGAAGACAAUGUGACCAAUAUAUAUAACCGGGGAAAGCGUAUAGAAGUCUAUGGCUUUGUCCCAAUAAUCUUUCCUGCCAUGAUUUGAAAUGACCGGUAUUACCAAUAUGGUGGAACUCCUUUUAGUCGAUCCAUUGCGUUUAGAUUCAUGGGAAGUAGUGGAACGAGUGUAUACUUCAGGAGGUAAGAUACUGGGACACAUCCCAUGGAGUCAUCCACUUUGCUGGACAUUUCACCACCCUUCCUCACUUGAUGAUUUGUAUUGGCAUAUAGCAGUGCUGCAUCAAAACUGGACAAAUUAAAGGCUCUUCUCCACCCUCCGACAAGAGCCAGUUUGCGUACCAUGUACAUUUCUCAAACAUCUGUAGUUUCCCACUAAACCCUGUGUAGCAUACUAGUACCAUAUUCUGUACAAGCUAGAGAUCAUGCUGAAAACACCAGACUUGUUAUCUACAUGAACUGCAUUUGACUUGCUGUUUCUACGUUCUUUCAAGCCUAAACUUAAACAAGUAGGUCACACUGUACAUCUUUUAAAAAGGAACCCCAGUCCGAUGUGGAUUCUGAAGGAGUUAAAUGCAGCUGUGACCUUCGGUUUUGAGGGAUGAAUUGCAAUGUAUCCUGACCAACUAAUCCUGAUGUGUUUCCAUGUUUACCUUGACGUUUGAACCAGCAUGAUUUUGCACAAUAAAAAUCACAUACCACUCA